AUGCACCUAUAUUCUUCGAAGGUGGAACAUCAACAGAAGGGGAGUACUUUCAUUAAAUCCAGCUCCAACUGCACAUUGAGUCCUAGAGGAACAUAUGGUCUCUGCUGUGAGCUGGUGGCAAAUUCUAGGAUACAGCCAAAAAGUGGGCAGUUUGACUAUGACUAUAGCCCAAACUUCCACCCCACAUUUCAGGUGUUUUUGGACUGCAUUUCAGGUGCAGAGAACAUCAGACUGAGUCUUUUAGACAGAGGAAGUAACGACCAAAGAGUGUGGGAGUGUCUGGUUCCAGCAGAUUUCGUACCACCUCAAGUCAAUCCAAUCAACCCUAAUCCAGGUGCUGAGGCUGAACUGAACCAGCUCACAGAUGCAGCUUUUGUGGAUAAGCACAUGGCUGAUCUCAUUCAGAGGGUCAAGAUGGUGCAACAUGUAGCAGAUGACCUCGUUAUGGAGGAAGUGAUCGAAGAUGAAUUGUAUUCAAGAAUCUGCAGUGCUGAUAACACUGAGAAACAAAUAAGACUAAUGUUUGAUGCUGUACAAGCAGGAGGAACAAGAGCGAAAUCUGCCUUCUACAAAGCUCUCCAAAAACAUGAACCUCGUCUUGUCCAGGACCUGGGUAAGAUCAAACUCUUCUAG